CGAUGGUUGACGGAAUUCUACACCAUUUCCUACCUCAUCUUCUUCUCCAUCUGGGGCACGCUGGCACGACUGGGAAUCCAAUGGCUGACUUUUUAUCCUGGCGCACCCAUCAUUACACCCGUCAUAUGGGCUAAUAUGGCAGGAUCGUGGCUCAUGGGUUUUCUUUCCGAAGACCAGGAUCUUUUUCUCAAUCAUCACUUGAGUAGCACGACAGGAGGAGGAGGAGGAGGAUCGGAAAAGAAUCACCACCACCACAACAUCCCCAAAGCCACUCUCAACAAAUACAAAAAAACUAUCCCCCUCUACAUCGGCCUCACCACCGGUUUCUGCGGAAGUUUCACCUCCUUUUCCAGUUUUGCCCGAGAUUUCUUCCUCGCCCUCUCCAACAACCUCCCCUCACCCAUUUCUCACUCGGCCGCCGGAAACAACAACAACACUCCAUCUCCAUCUCCAUCCUCCACCAUCGGCCGCAACGCAGGUUACUCCGUCCAAGCCCUCCUAGCCAUAAUCCUCUCCACCCUCGCCCUCUCCCUCGGAGCCUAUAUCAUCGGUCUCCACACCGCCUCCCUAUUCGCCAAUCUCCAUUUCCCCCCCAAAAAAUCUCUCCCAACCUCUCUCAUCCGCAAAUUCCUCGACCCGCUCUUCAUUUUCCUCGGAUGGGGAUGUUGGAUCGGAGCAAUCCUUCUCUCUGCUCUACCACCCUCUCAUCACAACACAUGGCGUGGCCAAGCUCUAUUCGCACUCCUUUUCGCCCCCCUGGGAACUCUGCUCCGAUUCUACGUGAGUCUUCGCAUGAAUUCUCUCAUUGCGUGGUUUCCCCUCGGGACGUUUGCAGUGAAUAUGUUUGGAACGGCAAUUGAAGGAAUGUGUUAUGAUCUUCAACACGUAGGGAUCGGAAGCAAUAGUCAUCUUCGUCAUCUUCUUCACCACAUCGGGGGAGGACGUACAGCGUGUCAAAUUCUACAAGGCGUUAUGGAUGGAUUUUGUGGAUGUUUGACGACGGUGAGUACAUGGGUGGGAGAAAUUUAUGCGUUGUCGUCUUUGCUGCAAAAAGAUGGUGAUGAUGAUGAUGGCAAGAAGAAGAAGAAGAAUUUGAAGUUUGCGUAUUUGUACGGUGGAGCGAGUAUUUUGGGUGGGUUGGGGUUAAUGGUGGUGAUUAUGGGAAGUGUGAGAUGGAGUGUGGGAUUUGAGGAGGCGGUUUGU